CCGCUUCGAGGCGUCUUUCCGGCUCCAGUGACGCACAGUGAUCACUUGGAUUUUACCACCAGAGAAUCAUUCUAAGUUUUGUUCUUCUGCAAAAGUUUGACUUUUUUCGGUUUUCCUUGUGCACCUUAGUUACACGGUGCCGAGUAAAUGAAUGAGCUCGUUGCAGAUCAGAUUCCCGAAUGGCUGGAUUAAAAACUCUAUCUGUGGGCAAAAUGAAUUUUCCUGUGAAAUAACUUAUGCCUCCGGACCAGCAGACGUCAAGUGGUACUUUCACAGCCUCAUCCUGUAAGUGAAGAUGUAUCGAAGUGUGUCUGCAGCUUUGCUGCUACUCCUGACCGUCAAAAUGGAAGUGUCCAGGGGUCAGUCUUGUCCAAGGAGCUGUAACUGCUACCAAGCAAACGAAGUCCACUGUACCUUCCGUUCACUCCUCACCAUACCCUCCGGUCUGCCCGCACACACACGGCGCAUAAACUUGGGGUUCAACAGCAUCAGCGGGCUGCAUAAUAGCUCUCUGGUUGGGUUAAAGAGGGUAGAACUCCUGAUGCUCCACAGCAAUGACCUCCAUCACCUUCCAGACUUAGUGUUCAGAGACAUGAAGUCACUGCAGAUACUGAAGCUGAGUUAUAACAAGCUGAGAGAGAUCUCCUCCUCGCUGACCUUUUCUGGCCUGACUUCACUGCUACGCCUGUACUUAGAUCACAACUUCCUCCAGCACAUCCAUCCCCGGGCUCUGCUUCAGCUGCCCAGCCUCAGGCUGCUUCGUCUGCAGGGGAACAGGCUGCAUCAGUUGCACCCUCAUGCCCUGUGUACGCUGUCCCUCCUGAAUACAUAUUAUUUUUCUACACUGAGACAUUUGGACCUUUCAAACAACAGUCUUCCUACUCUGCCUAAAGAAAGUGUAACAACAGCACCUCUGCUGGAGACUCUUCUACUGCAGGCUAAUCCCUGGAGCUGUGACUGCAGGAUGAACUGGCUUCUCAGUUGGAGUGUGGCUCACCCAGGGUUGAUGAAAUGCCCCAGUGGUCCCCAGUGUCCAAUCUGUAUCUCACCCACUUCACUUCAAGGCCAGGGUUUGCUUGACCAGACAUCACUAUUGUGCACCUCACCCAUCAUCCACUCUUCAGGAAAAGAGACCUCUUUAGAGACUGACCACAGUGAAAUCCGAUCAAGUGCAACUUUCAGAGAGCCGUUGGGCAGUGUCUCUCUGGCCCUAUCAGACCAUCUAGGAAACAGUGUUGAUCUAAGUUGUAACAUCACUCACUCUACUGACUCCCAGCAUAUUGUUCCUCCGCCAGAUCUCUCUUUGACUUCUUCAUCUCCUCUACCCCUUGCCAUGUCACUGUCCUUAGAGUGCCCUAUGGAGGGAAAGAGCUAUGAGGAACUCUGGAGGAUUCUUGCUUACUACAGUGAGACUGCAGCUCACCUUGAGAGAGAGAUCAUGCUUAGCAAAACCCCAGCAUUGGCCUACCGCUAUCGGCAGGCAGCAGAGACAGAUGGAUAUUAUCACACUGGAGUCAGAGCAUCUGUUAAGGCCAGACCGCAAUGGUUACUACAACCCGCAAUUAGCAUUCAGCUAAACAGAGCACAGUCUACUAGACAUAAAGUUCAGCUCAUGUACUCAACAAGAGUUUCUGCUCAUCCUGACUCUACUUCUCAUCUUACUUCUUCUGCUUCUCACCCAUGGGUGCUGAUAUCAGCUAAUCAUACUACUACAGCACUGGCAGUAGUGGCAGGCAGUAAAGUAACACUUUCAUGUCUUCUUCUCAGUUCUGGUAACCCCAAAAUACGCUGGAUUCUCCCAGAUGGAUCCAAUCUCACAUCCCCUUCCAGUAGUUCAGAUGGAAGGCUCCAGGCAUCAGCCACAGGUCUACUUAUUCAAAAAGUACAACUCUCGGAUGCUGGAAUUUACUACUGCGUUGCUUGGGCUGGGAGAGAUACAGAUGUUCUCCCCCUACGAUUGGCAGUCCAGGAGUCUUCCGUUCCACAUUUGGGGGAGAUAGUUGCAUCUUCUGUCUCUGGAGAAGUUGGGGAAGCUGUAUGCUUGCCCUGCAGGGCAUAUGGUUCACCAGAACCUAAUAUCAGUUGGAUUUUGCCUGAUGGAAAUUUAGUACGGUGGGGGUUCACUGUAUCAGACGGAGUCAGAAUGCAGAAAAAUGGCAGUCUUUCAAUUCCUAAUCCAUCUCCAAGAGAUGGUGGUUAUUAUCGCUGUAUUGCAAUUAACCAUUACGGGAGUUAUUCCAUGUCCAUGCAGCUGAAUUUAAAUUCACAGCAUUUUCCACCACUCAAGACUUCAUUUCCCAAAGGACCACAGUCAGCUGCUGGUAGGUCAACAAAGAUAAGAGCCCCUUUAUUCCGUCAAGUAGACGAAGGGUCAGGGGAUGAAGAGGAACAAGAACAGAAAACUCCUGUAGACAACAGAAGAUACACGAUAUCUCCAAGACCUCAUCCAAAUAGGAGGUAUCCAACUGGAAAACUACAAAGACGGGGCCGUUUGAGAGAAGGCCCCUUGAGGAGGGGUGGAGGGCCUUUUUCGUCCACUGACCAACCAAGAAAUCGCUUUCAGAUCAGACACAGAAUUAAGACAAACAAACACAGGAUAGACCCUCAAAAAUGGGCUGACCUUUUAGCUAAGAUUCGUCAAAAGACUGCAAACUCUAGUAACAGUCAACUUACAACAGUAAACCCCAUAGCUGAAGAAGUUCAAGGAGGCAAAGAUGAAGACAUAAAAGAGCAGAAGGAAAAUUUUGAUAACAACACAGUUGGAGCUCAAGAUGGAGAAGAGGAAACAGAAACGGAAGGGUCGUCAGUUGAUGACACUGUUCUGGUGGAACUGCCAAAGUCUGUUUCACCUGCUUAUGCAGGUACCCAAAAGAAAAUAGAUGAAGGUGCAGAAAGUGUCACAGAAAGGUCAAUCAACAAGGAAAUAGAAACAAACAAUGAGCCAGAGGCACGCAUACAGACCAGUAAAACAGAUCCAGAAAUAGGGCCUACAGAAAAGUCAGUGACACACAAAAAAGUAACAUUUAAGACAGUACAUGGAACAAAUGAAAUUGUCCAAGAAACAAGUGAUGGGAAUGAACAGGGAGCAAACCAAAAUCAACCGAGAACCAGACCCCAGAUUCCCAAACAGGGAGUCUUCCCAAACUUAGUUCCAAACUCUCAGCCUCAAAGCCCCUGGAACUCACGCAGGAGGAUUGGACAUCGUAGAAGAAUCAACAGGCCCAGGACCCAGCCUGUAACCUCACCGCAGCCUCUUCCUCAUCCUGUGAACCCAAAAUUCCAAAGUGUUUCCCCUGACUCUACCACAGAUCAAAUCGGUGUGAUUCUGACAGCAACACAUCUGUUGACGCCAAGCGAUCAUCAUGAAACUACUCCAAAUGGUGUGACUGUGAAUCUUCUGACUACCCCAGCUGAUGCCCCUGCUACUUACUCAUCCUUAAUGACUCCCCCACCCAGCCGUACAGACACAUUCACAGGCAUGGUCACUCCCUUAUUCAAGACGCCACCACCUGAAGAGUCCACUCUGAACAUCCUGUCAACAACUACUCCUACAAAUAUUGUGAUUUCAGAAACACGUGUGCCAGACAAGAAUGUCAGGACAUUAACACAUGGCACACAAACUCCCACAGAAACCCAAACAGCUUUCGGCAAACAUCCUGUGAGACCUCCAAGCAAGCAUGGAGAGGAGAUAGAGAGGAAUGUCUGGGUUGAGUCCCCCUUUUCAACUUCUCACUCUGUCAUUGUUUCCUCAGUCCCCAGCGCAUCCUCAGCUACCACCACCACAACAAAAAUAAUAACAUCCCCUCCUGCUGCUCUCAAGAGAGAUGGUUAUGCCGAGAGCAUUGAAAGUACAUCUACCUUUACGACCACCGAGGAGACGCGUACAGCUACAACAGCUACGGAAAUAAGUCCCACCAUGGGUACUUCAACAACCAUUUUAAAUCCAACUUCCAGAACCACCAGUCAUUCUCCAACUAGUCCCACCUCUACUACAACUACAACAACUACUACCUCUACUACCACCACAACAUCUGCUUCUUCCACUUCUUCUACAGCUAGUACAUCAACCACAACAGUUACCCCCACCACUUCAACUUUCAGCACCACAACUGACCCCGGUACAACAGCAAGUAGUGCUAUUAUUGCCAUUGCUACCAUCCCCAUAACUAAACCCCCUCCUUUAGCUGUGCCACAAAAUAUUACAGAUACAACUCCAACUAUCACAACUCCUGCCACUACGAUGGAAUUUGACCUAAAUUUGCCUCCAAAUACUACAACAACAAUAAGAACAACAACCAAAUCAUCAUCCAAAGACAAUCCAAUCAUUGUCCAGGUUGACCCACAACUGAAGCUUGUUUCUGGUGCUCCAAAUCAGAGGCAGGUUUCAACUGACUGGAAGAAUUCUGGAGCUAAUUCUAUUCCAGAUUCACAUAGCAGUAGGUCUCAUCGUCCGUCUCCUUCAUCCUCACUCCCUGCUGCUCCAGUGGCUCCAGUUUUGAGAUCUAAGCCAAGGAUUGCAGACCCACACAUCAGGACAGUGUCAUUCCCUGCACAGAGUACUGCCAGGCUAGCCUGUGAAGCUCAAGGAGACCCAAAACCCUUCAUCACAUGGACUAAAGUUGCUACAGGAGCGGUGAUGUCAAUCCACUCCAGGGCUGAGCGUUUUGUAGUCUUGCCAAACGGCACCCUUGUUAUUCAGAAUGUUCAGCUGCAGGAUCGGGGCACCUACAUCUGCAGUGCAGACAGCUUCCUGGGGCGUGACAGGUUACUAACUACCCUGGAAGUUUGGACCCGCCCUCCUCGUAUGCAGCUGGCGAGUUACAGAGAAAUUACCAUUCAUCAGGGUGGACAAGUUCGCUUGGAGUGUCAAGCAGAUGGUGUUCCCACCCCUCUGCUCUCUUGGGUUCUGCCUGAUCGUUCAACCUUAACCUCUACGGGAACAUCCUCCAGUCGAAUGAGCGUGGACAUAAACGGAACCCUUCAUAUCUCAGUGACUUUACCUAGUGACAGAGGAGUCUAUCGCUGUGUGGCUUCAAACUCAGCUGGUGCAGCCAGCGCCUCUGUGCGCGUUCACGUGUCUUCGUUACCCCCGGUGAUACAGCAACCCAGAGAGGAACACCUACUCUUUACUUCAGGGUGGCCCGUUUAUGCUCACUGCUCUGCCCGUGGUGCCCCACCUCCAACUCUGCGUUGGCGAAUCCCAGAUGGAACCCUCAUUCGUCCAUCUCAGUUUCUCCAUGGCAAUGUUUUUGUCUUGCCUAAUGGGACGCUGCAUAUUCGCAGCGCAGGGCCAAAUGAUUCUGGGAACUAUGAGUGCACAGCUAUCAAUGCGGUAGGGUCUGAUGUAAGAACGGUGAGGGUAAAAGUUGAAGGGGGGGCAGAGAUUGAACAGAGACAGGGAAGAGAAAGGAGUCAAGGGACAAAACAGGUCUUUCCGGACAAACCCUCUCCCUCAUUGUUGAAUAAAGACAGAACAUCAAUCAUUCCUAGCCAGUCCUCAGAUCCAUUCAGCUUCACUAAGCCCUCCCCUCUUUAUCCUUCUGAUAGAUACAAAAAUUUACUGCUCAACCCAAGCCCUUCUAAUUCCCCCUCUAACUUAUUGCCCAAAAUCAAUAAAACAGUCACUGCCUCACCCACACACUUAACCAACAUCAAAAAGACAAAUCCCCUCUCUCUUUCAUCCCCCUCCCCUAUACCAGAAAAGAACACCAGAGUCUCACAGAGCAUAAACAACACAAAAGUUAGUUCUUCUCUCCCUGCUGACAGAAAAGCAUUCACUGCUUUGGAAACCCUGCCAAUCGCCCCUUUCACAAAAGCUCAUAUUGUCUUUACAUCACCUUCUACUUCUACUGUCCAAUCUGGGGGAAUUUUGCAGCUUCACUGCACUGUAACUGGCAACCCCGUUCCUUCUAUUAUGUGGAGAACCCCCAGCAGGAAGCUGGUGGACAUACACUACAGCUUUGACCAACGGCUGAAGGUUCAGUCCAAUGGCACGCUGUCAGUCCAGGCAGUAAUGGAGAAGGAUGCUGGAGACUACCUGUGCAUUGCACGUAACAGAGUUGCUGAUGAUUAUCGCCUUCUUCGUGUGAUUGUUGCCACCAAGCCUGCCAAGAUUGAGCCAAAGCAACCAUUCUAUCACACCGUAUCAUUUGGUAAACGCCUAAAGGUCGAUUGUCAAGCAACUGGACUACCUGAUCCAGCUGUCCACUGGAGCCUACCAGAUGGAACCAGAGUGAGAAGUGUGAUGGGCCGAGGAGCUCGAUCACGAUUAACUGUGUUUGACAACGGGACAUUACUGGUUCCAGCAGUGGGUGUGGAAGAUGAAGGGGUGUAUACCUGCUAUGCUGAAAAUCAAGGCGGUCAAGAUGUUAUGAAGGUCAAAGUGAACGUUGUGAUGACGGCUCCACCAACAUUCACUGAUGACAGAAGUCACCGUGUCAUCAGAGUACAUCAGGGAACAACAGCUGCAAUUCCCUGCCAAGCAGUUGGAGAUCCCGCCCCAACAGUGACCUGGUUUUCCCCAGCACACCGAGUCAUCCCUAAGAGUUUGGGAUCUGGUUAUUAUUCGGAACGGGUUGUGGUGGUUUCAGGUGGAACCCUGGAGGUACGCUCAGCCCAAAAGAUUGAUACGGGAAACUAUACAUGCAGAGCAAGCAACUCAGCUGGGGAAAGGAGCAUGGUGGUGAGGCUGGAGGUACAUGCAUCUGGCCCAGCGGAAGAACGAAUUUCGAGAAUUAACAAUGAGCGUGGUGGCAGUAGAUUUGGAGACCAUAGCACAGGGAUUUUCAGGUAUGGAGGUACCAGUGGAAUCAUUAGCAAACCUGGCGUCAAUAACCAAAGCAGUAAUGUUUAUACUGAAAACAGCCGCAGUAAAAACAAAGUACCUAACACUGGGAUUAACCAGGCGAUAAAUGGCUUUAAUCCUGCUUUAAGAAAUGAUGGUCGAGAUAUAUUUAAAAGACCUAUGAUUGGAAUUACAGCACGGCCAGAUAACUCAGGAGCCGCUGUUGGCCUGAGUGGGGUUCAGAGUGUAGUAAUUAAAGCAGAUAAUUUUGUAAAUCAUAGAAAUGGGCCCGGCAUUAUUAAAAAUGGUAACAAUCAAAGCUCAGAAAGAAGAGAUAGUGGUGAAAGGAAUUCAGGGACUAAUGACAAUGAAGUCAUCGCGGGAAGGACUAGUAUCGAUGCAAGGACUGGCGGAAAUAACAUCAGUUUAAGUGAUAAUUCAAGAAUUGCUGGAAGCUCUGGGAGCAAGUUGUCAGAUAACAGAGCAGAUUCGAGCACUCCCAGGGGAAAUGGUUUUAGUAGGGAUAGUAAUUUAGGAGUUCCCAGUGACAGCAGAAGAAAGAGUGGUGGUUUAAGUGGUAUAGCUAACACAGCUGUGGGUGUGGUGACAACAGUGAAGCGGCGAGCAGUUAAAGGCCAGACUGUUCUUUUGCCCUGCCCGUCCCAAGGUAUCCCCCCACCUCGUCUGGCUUGGCUUCUUCCUGGAAAUGGUAUGCUGCCAGCUCCUUAUUAUGGCAGCCGACUCACUGUGCACCGAAACGGCUCAUUGGAGCUGCGGGGCCUGCGGACAAGUGAUAGUGGGACUUUGGUUUGUGUUGUCAGAAGUGAAAGAGGCGAGACAUUAAUUCGAAUGGAACUGGAGGUCUUGGAUCAACAGGAGUCCAGAGCUCUCCCAAAGGGACCAGCUGAAGAAACACCUCAUGCAGGACAUGCAGCAAAUCCAGGUCAAUCCUUAAAUCCAGGGCGUGUGUCAUCUGUGCUGCAUCUGCAAAGGGGCCUGACUUUGUCUGUAACGCCUCGCCCAGCGAACUCUCCACCCUCCCCUGGCCCAGUCUCUCAGGCCACAGUGAAUACCAGAACAGCCCCUCUGGUGACUACUAUUAAUGGAGAAACCCUCCGCCUGCCUUGCCCUUCUCAGACCCAGGGAUUUGUCUCUUGGACUCUACCUAGUGGCAAGGUGCUGUCCAAAGGGGAGAGUGCUGACUCAGGCCGCUAUGUAGUACAUCAAGAUGGAACCCUCAUAGUAGAAAAGGCCUCUGUGUUUGACCGAGGGACCUACACCUGCAGAUCUUUGGGUCCAGACUCAUCCUAUGUUUCGGUCAUCACAGUCCCUGUCAUUAUCAUUGCUUACCCUCCACGCAUCACAACAGGGCCCACUCCUGUGACCUACACCCACAGUGGCGUCGCUGUGGAGUUGCCUUGUCUGACCAUUGCUACACCCCGUGCAACAGUAACCUGGGAAACACCAGACCUGAUGCAUUUGAGGGUAACAGGACAGCCUCGACUUUAUGGCAAUCGGUAUUUAAGUGCCCAGGGUUCCUUGGUGAUCCAGAGCCCCACACACAGGGAUACAGGAUUUUACAGAUGCACUGCCAAAAAUGUAAUUGGAGUGGACAUCAAGGCAACCUACCUGCAUGUAAUGUAAAAGGACAAAGCAACAACAACAUACACUAAGCCACACAUUCAUUUAACAGAGACACAGAGCCCACCAGUCUUUAAUUCUGUUGAAUGACCUCUUCCUUUGUUAAGCCUAUGUUCCUCAUGCCCAAAGGAACUGCAAAGCUCUGCGCUUGAGAUACUGCUGAAUCUCAUAGAGGACAUUAUUUUUUUGUAUCUUUGAUGUAUAAUACUGUUGUCAAUACUGUAUAUUUUAUAGUAGAUGUUGAGAAUUUCCUAGCUGCCUUGGGAAAUUUAUCCACAUAAAAAAGUGUCUGGUGUUUUUGUGAUGCAGAUACCUUCAGACUUGUGUGCCUUACUGUCUGCCUCAUUGGUAAAAAAAAUCCACUUUGAUUGAGUCCCUUCAUGAUUGCACAAACACCAACCCGCCCAAAUUUUCCAAAUCAUUAUUUCUGAGGAACUUUUGCAGUUUCUUUCGGUCCUUUUCAAGCUAAAAAAACUUUGCAUCCCAAACCCUCUGUGAAAUAUUCCAAACUGGGCCAUCAGACCAAACUAAUUAAACCAAAAAUAUGACAUCUGUCUGGGAAUUCCGUCAGUGAAGCUUUAUAAGUUGUAACUCUCAUGUGAAGAACUUAAUAUUUUUUUUCUUACAUAGCUUUAGACCCAGGAGUUGCUAUAGUCAAUAUUACAAAAUGUAAAGAAAAAUUAUCUGAACUGAUAUCGAUUACUUUACCAGACAUUUGUGAAAGAAAUUGUGUAAUGGUGUGUAUUAAGGAGUCACUGAAUAAUAACGCAAAAAGGCUGUUCUUCUUUAACAUCUUUCUUUGGUCAUAUGUAUUAGUCUGAUGGCAAAUCAUGUAAUUGAGGUAAUAUUCAAUGUUUCUAAAUAU